UGAUUCCUCGCGGCAGACAGGCUAACUCGAAAUUGAAAAUGAGUUCCGUGCAGUUAGACUAGAAGACAGUGCAAUAAAACGACAAGUUGCUUCGGGGUCCUGCAAGGCCCUGCCAGCCGUGGCUAGCUGGGCUAGCAUUGUGUCCCCCUGCUCGGCGCUGCUCUUAUGACGGCUCUGCUUGUCGGCGUGUCGGCACAGAUCUGACCGCACGAUGUCGGAGCUGUUUAUGGAAUGCGAGGAGGAGGAAUUGGAGCCGUGGCAGAAGGCGAUACCGGAAAUCAACCUGAUCGAUGACGACGAUGAUGAUGACGAGCCCAUCUUCGUCGGGGAGAUCCAGAGCUCCAAGCCCACCACCAACGCCAGGCCCGGUGUCCAGAGGGGGCAGCAGAAUGCGGCUCCAGGCCGUCGUCCCGUGGGCUCCACCCCGACCACGCCCCAGAAGCUGCCCCACACGGCGGCCCCCGCCCCCCAGCGCGCCUCCUACGCCCCCGCGCCCCCCCACACCCAGCACUCGCCCCGAGCCGCCCCCACGCUAGGCAACAACCCCUCUCUCGUACCAGCCAACCAGGCCGGAAUGCAGAACGCCGCCGGUCGCCUUGGCAACACCAUGACCGCGCAGCCAAUCAUAAUCAACAGCCAGGGCUAUAUCGUGUCGUCUCCACAGAUGUCCAGUAGUGGUUCCUUCAUCGCCAAUAUGGGCUCCCAGUACCCACCUGCCACCUCCUUCACACUCCUGCCAGGUCAGCAGCUGCUGCAGUCCUCCUCCUCUCCCCAGGUGAGCCAUGCUGUCCACAGGCCCCAGGUGCAGCUCAUGCAGAACAACGUCAUCACGCUGGCCAACGUCCAGCAACCUCCAGACCUCACCUCACAUCAACAGGGUCGUGGCCCUCAGCACAGAGGCCAGCCUCCGCAUGCCAACAGCUCCGCUGCCCUCUCCUCCCUACAGGGGCAUCACAACAGGGAUAACGGCACCAUGAAGCGAGGCAUGGCGUCAGACGCGGACAACAAGAACAAGAGAAUCAAAAUGGACGCCGGUGGUCAUCUGCGUGCGUCUGAGAACGACAGUCCCACUAGGAGGCGCUGUCCCAACUGCAGCAGCUUCUACCCCGGAGACGACUCACUGAAGGGGCACAUGAGGUUCUGCUGUCCAGAUCUGCUGGAGACGGUGUUUCCCUCCAGCAGCUACGGUGCUGCUCGGCAGGAGCGCGAGCGGCUUCAGCCCCCUCCGCAGCCACAGGGGGCGCCGGUGAGGAUCUACGACGCGCACGACAAGAGCAAACUCAUCAUGCUGGUCAGCGACUUCUACUACGGCCGGGCGGAUGGGGACCGCAAGGGAGAGCAGAAGACAAACACCACCUUCAAAUGCAACAGCUGUCUCAAAGUGCUCAAGAACAACAUCAGGUUUAUGAACCAUAUGAAGCAUCACCUGGAGCUUGAGAAGCAGAACAGUGAGAGUUGGGAGUCUCACACCACCUGCCAGCACUGCUACCGCCAAUACAGCACGCCCUUCCAGCUGCAGUGCCAUAUAGAGAGCGCACACAGCCACUACGAAUCAACCACGAACUGUAAGAUCUGUGAGCUGGCCUUCGAUACAGAGCAAGUCCUGUUGGAACACAUGAAAGACAACCACAAGCCAGGAGAGAUGCCUUACGCCUGUCAGGUGUGUAACUACCGUUCCUCGUUCUUCUCUGACGUGGAGAGCCACUUCCGCAGUAUCCAUGACAACACCAAGGAUCUACUCUGCCCCUUCUGCCUCAAGGUCCUACGCAGCGGACACAUGUAUAUGAACCACUACAUGAGGCACCAGAAAAAGGGGAUCCACCGGUGUGGUAAAUGUCGUCUGAACUUCCUGACGUACAAGGAGAAGGUUGAACACAAGACGGUCUUCCAUCGCACAUACAGGAAACCACGCACUCUGGAGGGCCUACCGCCCGGGACCAAGGUGACUAUUCGGGCCUCCCUGGCCGGUUCCCCCACGUCCCCCUCCACGCCGGGUCGCUCCAGUAUCAGUGUGGUUCCGAGCAGCCCGGGAGGCAAGCAGGUGGGCCGCCCACCCGGGUCAGGUGGGGGUCGAGGGAAAACGGCCCAGCACGCCGCCAACCCCCCCGGACGACCCAAGAAGGAGAAGGCCAAACCGGAGACACGCAACGCACUGCUCAAGAACUUCAGGCCGCUGGUGGAGGGUGUGAAGUGUGCGGAGUGCAGUGAGGUGAUUAAGGACUUCUAUGACCACUUUCCCCUGCUUCUCACCUGCGGGGCCUGCAAGUUCAAAACCUGCUGCAGACGAGCCUACAAGAAGCACAUGACCUGGGCUCAUGGGUCGGGUCCUAAGGUGCCUCCCAGCCACAAACAACCACGCCCACUACGGAGCUUGACGCUGGUGUGUCUAAACUGUGACUUCCUGGUUGACGCGUCCAGUAGCAACCUGAUGGGCCGGCACCUGAAUGACCGGCCCACGCACACCUGCCAGGUCAUCCAGGACCCCAGCGGCCAAUCAAAACCUGAGAACGAUUCUGUUUGUGACACAGACAGCCUGGAAAGAUCUGGCCUCAUCAAUGCCGAGCCUAUGACGCUGAUCGGAGAGGAGGGAGAGGAGACCACUGGCACACACACAACACCCAAGGAGGAGGAAGGAGAGGGGUUAGAGGGGGAGACUGCUGCAGCAAAAGAGGAACAAGAAGAGAAAGAGGAGGUGGAGAAAUAUGUGGAGGAGAAAGAGGAGGAGGUGACUGAGGUGAGAGAGGAGGAGGUGGUGACUGAGGUGAGAGAGGAGGAGGUGGUGACUGAGGUGAGAGAGGAGGAGGAGGAAAAAGAAAAAGAGCACACACCUCCAGGGGUGUCAGAUGACUCUGAGGGGCGGGACAAUAACACACCUGUGCAGGUAAAGGAGGACACACCCCCUCCUGAACAGGACGAGAAAACACGCCUGCAGCCAGAGAACGAUGAUGAGGACACAGCCAUGGAGCAAGAAGAAGAAAACACGAAAGGUAACGAGGAGCAGGAAGAAGACUCAGCUUUAGAAAAAGAACAGAGAGAUAAAGUGGAGACACAUCGUAACGAUGAAAAGGACUCGUCAGCAGAACAAGGGCCCGAUGAGGCAGACACGCCUUCUAACUCAGCACUACAAGACCCUGUAGAACACAUGGAACCAGAGAAUGGUGCAGCAGAACUCCUAAAGAACAGCACCAUGGAAUCAGAUAGCUAUUCGGAACCCAUGCAGGAUUCCACCAUGGAACCAGAGAGAAGCAACUCGGAACCCAUGGAGGACCACGGUACGGAACAAGACCCCAGUCCAGAACCCAUGCAGAACAGCACCGUGGAACAAGGCUCCAGUAAGGAGACCACCAUGGAGCAAGGCCUGAGUGCAGAUGUGUCCGAGAACGUUGGUGAGGAGCCAGAGAGCAGUGCAGAGCAAGGGGAGUUGGCGGCUACUGCAGCAGCAGUGGACCCUGAACUUGAACCUGAACCUGCACUGACCUCAUGUCUCCCACAGGGGGCGACAGACUCACUAGAUGUGGCAGCCACGCCCUCUAGUGACCUGGAAGACCAAUCAAACGCCACCGCUCAAACUAGUGGCCCAACUGGCCAAUCAGAACCCUCCAAUGCAUAGGGUCAUGAACAGCACACACACACACACACACUCAUACACAGAGAAACAUCCACACGUCUGUGCAUAUUCCUAGGAAGACGACAUGCACGUCUGUUCCAGUGCAUCUCAGCACACCACCACAACUAUCUGCUCUGCUCAGCUCUGCGCGUUGUUAUCUUCUCAUGUCUGUCUUGAAAAGUGUUUCCUCGGAAAGACUGCUGCUCAAGGGAAGGCGGCAGAUAGUUUUUUUUUAGUAUCCGUCGUGCUCUGCAAAUCAGACUUUCCCCUCCUCCUCCCACUGCAGUAUGAUGACUUCAAAGACAGCAUGGUCUGACCUUCAAACACGUCUCGCUCCGACCUUCAAAGACGGUUUUCUGUGAUCUUGAAAGACGGCGUGAGGCGUGAUGUUUCAGUAGCGAGUGAAUGGAAAGAAAAGCGUUUUCUGUUUGAAACGGAGAGAGAGAGGGAGGCUACAUCCUGGACUCUCUUCAACUGGAGCGAGGGAAGCCUCUAGACUCUCCUCCUUAACGCCCCCUUUGCUACUACUCUCGCCUCCUGAGAAACACUUUGUUACACACACACACACACACACACACACACCUCGAUUGUUUGAAAAUAAACUUGUGUAAAGACAGACACACACAUGGACACAUAUGAACAAACUC